AUGCCCAAAUCACUAGCACCCAGGGACAAACAAGCCCUCCUAAUUCUAGCCGCCGCCAUCACCACCGCAACGCUUUUGAUAGCAUACUCAGCCUCCAAACCGCCCACUACUCCCCAACCCACUACCCCCGCAGCCCCUAGAAAACAAUACAACAAACCAAAACAGCGCGAGCGCAACCAGACUUUAUCAGGAGCUCCUCGAGCAGCUCCGUCUCGCCGGGCGGAAGGGAGUACCCGCGCUUCGAUAGAAAAAGAGGCAGUACUCGAAAAGCCGCCAAAGGCUGAAGCUGUGCAGGAAAGACUGGUGCUACCAUCCCACCCUCCUCCCGGCUCGCCCCCGGAACCACUAUCACCAAACACGGAAAGAUGCCUCGCCUACCUCUCCCAAGCCCACAACAACCCAAUCUCCGAAGAGAUGACUCCCAGAUCGACGCCAUCUGCAGGGCCAAGCAGCCCAAGAGACAGCACUGCGGUGGCCAUAGACCGAACGAUCGCAGGCGCGCCAUCGGGGCUGCUCGCGCGCCAAACCUUUGUUUCAGCAGGGUCAUGCGUGAUGGCGAGCGAGCUAAUCAGGCGGCUGGGGGAGAUUGAAAAGGAGCAGGAGGCUCUGCGGGUGGAGGAGGGCUAUGACGAGGGCUACGAAGGCAAAAAAGAAGGCGCGAGAUCGCCUGUUGUUACGUAUCUCCAGAGACGGCGGCGGCGGAGGGAGGGGUAG